AACAGGAGUGGCAAAACCAACACAAAUCUCCACUUUUGGACAUAUCUCAGUUUUGUGUUCCUGUUGUUGCAUUUUUAGCUAUCUUGAGCUAGUUGAAGAUAUCCUUUCCUCAAGGUGAUUGUUUGGUCAUAUACUGAACAUAGGCAGCAAGAGAGGGGAGCAAAAUAAAAGCUAAUGGGCAAUAUUCUGUGCCUUGAGAUUCAUCAUCUAUGGGGUCUACUAGUGCUGCUUCUCAUUGUUCCAGUUGCAAUUUCAUACCCACACUUUCGUGAUGAUUUUCCAACACUAGACAAUCCUUCAAACACAUAUUCUUAUGCUCGUUUCCCAGAGGUUGAAAAGCAUUGCGGGUUUCUUAUUUCAUCUGCUUCAGAGUUACCGCCCGACGAUAAUAGAAGCGGAAGAAUGAAGAAAGAGCUCUUCUUCAGGAAUGGAGAUUGGAAUCAGGAACCAGGUGGAGUACCAUUAUUGCCAAUUGAUAGCAGGGAAAUGCCUAGUAACACUUUUGGCUAUGGCCCUCCACUCAAUUUAGUCUCUUUUUGGGUCAACGAUGUUGAUCCGGCUCGUAGAGCUAAAAACACAGUUAGUGUGAGUGGUGUAAUGGAAAUUGGAAGAAUCAGAAGUGGUUCUUUUUCAUACAAGCCUUACGAUUGGUCCCCAAAGCUCUACCUGGAGCGGGGCAUUAAUAAGCUCACAAUUAUCUUUGAAGGUAUCUAUCUUGAGUCCCAGGAGAAUGGAGGGAGGAGAUUGAUGUGUUUGUUGGGGAAUGCAACCAUUCCAAAGGAUUCUACUCAGAAACUAGAUUCGUGUGACCAUGGAGAUCUGCAGAGUCCAUGCCAGCCAAAAGUCAACAACCUGCCCUCCACCUUGCAGGAUGAUCAGAUCAUUCUUGUUCUUGAGUAUCCCAAGACCUUCACUUUGACCAGCAGAGGCAUCUCUGGAGAAUUGAAAAGCUUAAACCAGGGGGGAAAACCAGCAUACUUUGAUAAAGUUCACAUAUCCUCCCAGCCAGGGGAUGGAUCGACGUACAGGUUUGGAUCUGAAAAACUUGUGGCAAGGGCCUGCAGUCCUUAUCCUUAUCCUGAUUCUUUGAUCAAUCAAGAAGUUCAAGAUGUUGAGAUGUUUAAAGGACAUGAUUUCUGUGAGGACUUGAGGCAAUUUGUUUGGAACGAAGUGUUUGAAUUUGCAUCCACCUGGAAAAAUGUUGUCAGAAUUACAAAUGGUAGCAGCAAGAUUGGCCCUUUCUUACUUGGCAAUGAGAUAGAAGCUAGUUAUAAUAGUUCUGACAAACUCAGGCUUAUGAUUCAGGAAUUAGUCUGCGAGCCUGGCACUGAUCAAGAGGGGUUCCAGACCGCAAUGGUAUCUGCUGUUUUCAGAGUGAUACAGAAAUCAGAAUACCUCUAUAGGGAAGAAGAGAAAAGAACAGGGCUUUCCACCAUGACACUUUCUUCAGAGGGAAGGUGGCAUUCUUCUCAUGGGCAGCUCUGCAUGGUUGGUUGCAUUGGACCUGCUGGUUAUCUUUCAGAUAGAUGCAAGUCUCGGAUCACUCUAUACUUCCCUCUUACUUUUUCUAUCAAGCAACACAGUAGAGUGGUGGGUACCAUAAGCAGCAUCAAUCCAGCAGAUGGUCAUGCUUCUCUUAUGUUUCAGAAGUUGACUACUCCCAUUGAGUUUACGAGUACGCACCCGAGGGACAAUCACUUCAAAUGGUCAUACACCUACACGAAGCUAAAGCAGGCAAGGGAGUUCCAGAGUAGAAGCCAGCCUUCCAAUUGGGAAAGAAUUUUGAGGAAUUCAAUUCUCCAAUAUCCAACAUCUAAGGGCGAAGAUAUUGCCAGUUUCUCUUUCCUAACUGAUGUUCUGUCAAUUGAAGUCCGGGCUGCUCCACAGACUUUGACAAACAGCCAGGCUCCGAAGACUAAUGUCAAAAUGGUGCUUCUGUCCAUAGGUUCAUUGUUUGGACGCUAUGAUCCACACUCAUAUCAAGAAAAUCCUGAAGCUGAAAAGGCCUUCCAUUCCAUUUCUGAAGAAAUUGAAGUCUCAGGGCAUCUCAAAGUUGAAGGUGGUCAAUUUUCUAAUGUUUCUCUUUUCUUUGAGGGGAUAUAUGAUCCAACCCUCGGACAGAUGUAUCUGAUCGGCUGCAGGGAUGUACUACAGUUUCAAGGCUUCAAUAAUGAUGACAGAGACCUUGAAGGAGGGAUGGACUGCUCAAUUGAAAUCAAAGUGGAAUAUUCUGCAAAAAACGCCAGGUGGUUAUUGAAUCCUAAUAUCAAGUUUUCAAUCAACAGCCAAAGAACUAAAGAAGAUCCACUUUAUCUCUCUCCAAUAAGCAGUAACACCUUUCUGCUUUCCUAUAGCAAGAAGUUUGAUUUUUUAAUGGUACGGAAAGGCUUCGAGGAGGGGCUUCGUGUCCUGUUGCUUGUGAUGGCAAUUCUCUGUAUUCAUGGCCAAUUACGUUACACUGAGAAUCAGGGACACACCACGGCUUAUAUAUCAUUGGUCAUGCUUGGGCUCCAUGCUCUUGGUUUCAGCAUCCCAUUGAUCACAGGUGAUGAAGUGCUGCUCAGAUGGAAAGAAUUCGCACCAUACAAAAGCUCAGCAUAUGAUCAAUUUCAGAACUUUCAUAUAUUUCAAUCUCUUGACCUUUUCAUCAAGUUUCUAAUGUUGAUUGCACUUCUGGAAACCGCAAAGCUUCUGCAGAGAGUCUGGGAAUCGCGAAAGCUACGGAAAGAAUAUAUGGAAUUCCAUUACUAUUGCAGUCAGAAAACAGUGUUGCAAGUGCUAACAUCAGAAGGCUGCAAAGAUGGUGGACAGAGUUGGAAAACUAUAGCGGGUUAGUUCAAGAUUGCUUCUUGCUACCACAAAUCAUUGGAAAUGCUGUAUGGGGAGUCCAAGGUAAGCCUCUCAGAAAACUGUACUACUUGGGAUUCACGACUAUCAGACUGGUGCUCCAGGCUUACGAUUAUGCAAGUGAUCCUGUUCCAAAUCCCACCAAUAGCGAGCUUGAAUUUGAGUAUUUGGGUGUGGAAUCAUAUUACAAGCAUGGCAACGUAACCAUUGGCGUAAUUGUGGUUAUAUUGGCA